GCCCUUCUCUCUCUCCGCCAGACCGCCAUGCAUCGCGCCGCCUGCCUCCUCCUCGCGCUGGUCGCCGCGGCCUUUGGCCUCAACGGCUGGGAGUUCCCCAUCCUGACGGAGGAGUACCUCUCGGCGCCGCUCCAGACCUCCUUCACCUGCGACGGCCGCUCCUACGGCUACUACGCCGACGUCGACAAUAACUGCGAGGUGUACCACGUGUGCCUGCCGCUCUCCGAUGACGAGGGCGUCGUCUACCAGACCGCCCACUUCUCCUUCAUCUGCGGCAACCAGACGGUGUUCAACCAGGAGACCCUCACCUGCGCCUCCCUCGACGUGGCCUACUCGUGCGCCGAGGCCCCGACGCUCUACGACCUCGUCAACGCGGAGUUCGGGAGGGUCCCCGAGCCCGACAGUUAGGCUCGCCCGCUCGUCAGCCAUGCCAGGCGCCUCGUCAGCCUCGACAAGUACUUCGUCGGCUUCGACAGGUGCCUCAGCCUCGGCAGGUGCCUCGGAAGACAUGACAGGUGCCUCGGAAGACAUGACAGGUGCCCGACCCUUGACUCCGCCACUCCUACGCUCUCCCCCCCUCCCUUACAAGUCCUAGUAGAUCUAGGCCUUCAUGUGUAAUCGCAGUUGAUCUGCCUGUACAUAAUAAAAUUCCCCGCCCACG